AUGGGCAAGGGAGGGAAGGCCGCCGCAGCGGCGGCGGCGGCGGCGGCGGCAACGGCGGAGGAGACGUCCUCGAGGGUGGGACCUAACGUGGUCCACGGAGUGCGGGUGACGCUAGCCUACCUCGUGCUGUACUACUUCUUCAUUGUUGCGCAAGGGUCCAUGAAGCGGAAGCUGCGCGCGUACAACGCGGCACAUGGCAAGAAGUUCGACCGCUACUUCAGCCGGGAUCGGAAAAUGUUAGGGUGGGAUCGCACAGUGGGCAACAUGCUGGAGCAGAUGGGGCCCUUCUUGUCACUGUUUUGGUCGAACAUCUGGCUCUCGCCUUACGGAGGACUGCCGCACGCGUACAUCGCAGCUCUAGGGUGGCUGUAUGUCCUGCUUCGAUCCUUUUAUCCGAUGUUAUGGUUUGCCGGAGGAGGGGGGUCGGAGGGCACGUCCCCUACCAUCUGGAGAGUGACGAUGCCCAUGUACGUGAUCAUCCUGGUGUUUGCCGUUAACGCGGCAAUCGUCAUCUACGGCGCAUGACUCACGGACGAAGAACGUGGCGGGCAACUGCUGUGAUUGAUGGCCGUCAGUGAUACAGCGGAGCUAUGGGGAUGCGCUUAUAUAUAGAAAUGACCAGAGAUCGGGAUGAGGUUGAUUGCAGGUCUGGCGCCAACUUUGCGGCGGGCAUCUUUGGAUGUACAAACGACCUUGAUUAACCUCAAACAGCCGAAAAUGGCUCUGAUGGACGACUUCGCCAUGAAGUUGCCAUUUAUAGCCGAAAGCAGCGAGCGCUAUACCGGUCGGAGGGGACCCCGUGCGUGGCCCUUCGCUUUGAGCUGCACCGCGAAGAAGCUUGAUAUCGUCCAUCUCGCGGGCAGCGAAAUGGCGGGAAAUGAAACUGUGUAUGAUGGGAAUUUUCCUUGCCGUCAACAGAGGGAUGUUCGGCCGUGCAGUGGUGGCGGAUUCGCACUGUUGUAGACAUACUGUAGGCUAGACCUUCAACCGCUUGAACCGGGCAUGUCAUGGAACUACACGUACUGUACGGAUGGUGCAUGAUUGAUUUUUGUAGUGGGGUGGUUAAGGGUUCAGCUUUGACGAUCGUGCGCUGUACAUAGUGUGGGAUUUUGUGUUCCUCCAGCAAUGUCUUGUUAUUGGUGAUUUCCCUGCCGUAAGGUUUUAGUUUAACUACUCUUCUUGUAGUCGGAAGGUGUGGGCGCUGUCGCAUUGCAAGCUACGUUUCCUCCCGGUAGAAUGGUGAUGUGUUUCUCCGGUUUACACAGCAGUGGGUGGACUCCCCCAUAAAGAUUGUGUCAGUAAGAAGAGCGAGAGCUACCUGUAAAGCAUUGAGUGGCAGUAGUAGCAUCCGCAGCCUUUGCAGGGCACGUGACGCACGUAACGGCCAAGCAGUUUCAACGAAUUUUCCUUGCGCAAUGUAAUAGCGACAUCGCUUCUUCCACCCCCCACCCUGUGCACACAAUAUCGUCCCCCCCCCCCGAGUUUUCCUCUAGUGCCCGCCAUUU